AUGUCUCUCUUUUCUCCCCUGACUCCUAUCAUUAUUGCAGUGAUUUGCAUUUGUGUUGUUGCCUGGCGGUGGAAUAAGGGGGAAGCGAAGACAGAAAGAAACAUUGAUAGUGAAGUAAGAACCGGUUCCAACCGUUGGGCAGCUGAAGACCUGCAAGAUGAGACAGAGCCCAGCAUGGAAGAGAACGGUAAGAUAAAGGAAUAAUGGCUUGAAACUGAUGUUGUAAUACAACAUAUUCCAUAUUCUAUGAAGCGUUAUCCAGAGAAAGAAAUGAUCUGGAGAGCCAAUGAGUUUUACCAACAGAUGAAUGAGAGGAGGAGUGUUCGCUUCUUCAGCAAGGAAAUGGUACCAAGGGAGGUGAUUGAGAGCAUCAUCCGGACAGCAGGGACUGCUCCAAGUGGAGCACACACAGAGCCCUGGACAUUCGUAGUCAUACAAGACCAGGAAAUGAAACAUCAAAUACGAAAAAUAAUUGAGGAAGAGGAGGAAAUUAACUAUCGGAAGAGAAUGGGAAAGAUUUGGGUCGCUGACAUACAGAAAUUGAGGACAAACUGGAUUAAAGAGUACCUGGAUACUGCACCUUAUCUUAUAUUAAUAUUUAAGCAAACCUAUGGAAUCCUACCCACUGGCAGGAGGACCCAUUAUUACAAUGAGAUUAGCGUUUCAAUUUCCUGUGGAAUUCUUCUAGCAGCUCUGCAGAAUGCUGGUCUAGCGACAGUCACUUCGACUCCUCUGAACUGUGGUCCUCGUGUGCGUGAAAUCCUUAGGCGCCCAGCAAAUGAAAAGCUGCUGCUGCUGCUACCAGUAGGGUACCCAGCAAAAGAUGCCACUGUGCCAGACUUAAAGCGCAAGUCAUUGGAUGAGAUUAUGGUGUUUGUGUAA